GGUCUCCUCCGCUGAUUCACUCGCCUCUCUGCCUCCCCUUCCUCCCAACCACAUCCCAGCCAUGGUCCUGGUUCUGCAGCUGCUCCCGCUGCUGUUGUCGAGGGCCCAGGGGAACCCCGAGGCUUCACUGGAAGGCCGCCCCGGGGAUCGAGUCAAUCUCUCCUGCGUAGAGGUCUCGCAACCCACCCGUUGGGUCUGGGCACCUAGCUUCCCGGACUGCAAGGGCCUGUCCAAAGGCCGCCGCCGGAUUCUGUGGACAUCAUCGAAUGGAAACCCCACCGUGUCUGCCGCCCAGCUUGUGGGCCGCCUACGUGCCCUGGGCCUUGGUAUUCGGCGGCUGGAGCUGCUCCUCAGCGCGGGGGACUCGGGCACCUUUACUUGCAAGGGCCACGGAAAGGACGAGAGCCGUACGGUGCUUCGCGUGCUGGGGGACCCGGCAGAUUGCAAGGCUCCGGAGCCUACCCGCGAGUCCGGAUAUCUCCAGAUUCUGAUCCCGCUGCUGGCCCUGGGGCUUGCUGCUGGCACUCGGAGCCGGGGGCUUGGCCUAUUGCCUGCGCAGGCGCUCGCCCCCCUCACCCGCCUCGACCACUCCCCAGAUUUGCUCUGUCCCCCUCACAUAGUUCCACUUGUGGAUACUGAGCCCCAGAGGCCAGAAGAGGAGGAAGAGCCCAAGAUUGCAGGGGACCUGGACCAGGAGCCGAGCCUGCUCUACGCAGACCUGGAUCAUAGGGCCCUCAGAAGUCCGCGCCGUCUGUCCCGGGUGGUCCCUGCUGAGGCCUCCACCAUCUAUGCGGUUGUGGUUUGAAAGGAAGCCCUUACUCCAAACCUCAGGAGCUGGAGGCUCCCAGCUCUCCAUAACACCCCUCUCCUUUCUGGCCCUUUACUGGAAAAGGAAGGCACCAUGGGAUAGAAAUGAGCACUAGGCUGAGGGUCAGGAGGCCUGGGUUCCAGGCUGUCUCUGCCACUGAUCUUGGUCCCUCCUUACCCACAUUUCUCACACAGCUUUCAGAUCUCCUUCACCACAGGUGUCCCUUCUAAACCUGAUCAAGUCCUGUCUCCCCAUCCUCAGCCAUCAACAGCUCCUAGAUUGUUGCUUUCUCUCCACAGUCAAGCUCUUUGAACCAAAGGCCUACACCUGUCUCUUCCCUUUUUUUUCUUCACUCCCACUGCUCACCUGUUCUCCUAGAGCUUGCCAGUGAUGUCCUAAUAGCCACACCCAUUUUUUCCGCCAUUCAUCUAUCUGGCUUGGCCUUUGGUUACUUUUUUUUUCCCUUAGGGCCCCAGGUGCAGCAUAGGGAAGUUCCCAGUGUAGGGGUUGAAUUGGAGCUGAGGCUGCCA